AGUAGCUGUGCCACCUGGUCUAGACGAAUUUGCCAUCAAACAUCGGACGCUUGAACAGGGACCCACAAGAAGAAUCCUGAAUGGUAACAUGUCACGAUCGUCUUCGCCAUUUUUGCGACAAGCAAAAGUGAGACAGAGGCUCGCUCGCUGUGUCUCCUAGGGUUGGGGACUGGUAAUACUCACAAGUGUCGAACUAUGGGCGGGUCGGUGAAGGACGUGCAGUCAAUGGCGGAGCUGGAUAUUGCGGUGCGGAGUGGCGCCCCGGUUAUCCUACACUUCUGGGCCUCAUGGUGCGAAGCGUCCAAGCCCAUGGACCAAGUCUUCUCCCAUCUCUCCACCGAUUUUCUUCAGGGUUCCUUUCUUUAUCAUGUUGAAGCAGAAGAGCAACCUGAGAUAUCGGAGGCUUAUUCGGUUUCCGUGGUGCCUUUCUUUGUUCUAUUCAAGGAUGGUAAGACUGUUGAUACAUUGGAGGGUGCAGAUCCAUCUAGUUUGACCAAUAAAGUUAUCAAAGUUGCCGGUUCAAUUAACCCUGGAGAACCUGCUGCUCCUGCCAGCCUUGGUCAGGCUGCGGGACCUGCAUUUCGCGAAACGGUGAAAAAACUUGUUAAAGAAGACGGAUCUUCCAAAGUGGAAAACCAAGUCCAACCCAGCCUUAGUGAUGCAUUAAAAAAGAAUCUGCAGCAGCUGAUUGAUUCUCACGCAAUCAUGCUAUUCAUGAAAGGAAGCCCUGAAGAGCCAAAGUGUGGAUUUAGCCAAAAAGUUGUUGAAAUAUUGAAGAAGGAAAAAGUUAAAUUUGGGAGCUUUGACAUAUUAUCUGACAAUGAGGUUCAUGAUGGCUUGAAGAGAUUUUCUAACUGGCCAACGUAUCCUCAGCUCUACUGCAAAGGAGAGCUUCUUGGUGGGUGUGAUAUGGCACUUGCAAUGCAUGAGAGUGGAGAACUACAAGAAGUCUUCAGAGAUUACGGGAUCAAUACAAAUGCUUCUAAUGAGGUAAAAGUGAACGAACCUGGAAAUGGAAAGGGUGGAAUCUCUAAAUCCACUGGUCUAAGUUCCAUCUUAACCUCUCGAAUUGAAAGCCUGAUCAAUUUAGGCCCAGUUAUGCUGUUUAUGAAGGGAAAACAAGACGAACCCAAGUGCGGCUUUAGCCAGAAGGUAGUUGAAAUCCUCAGACAAGAAAAGGUGGAGUUCGAGUGUUUUGACAUUCUUUCUGAUGAAGAAGUCCGUCAAGGACUCAAAAUUUAUUCAAACUGGUCCAGUUACCCUCAAUUAUAUAUUAAGGGUGAACUUGUUGGUGGAUCGGACAUUGUGCUGGAAAUGCAGAGAAGUGGGGAACUAAAGAAGGCCUUAGUGGAGAAAGGUAUUGUUCAGAAGGAAACUCUUGAAGAUCGUCUGAGGAAGUUGAUAAGUGGUUCACCAGUAAUGCUCUUUAUGAAGGGUACCACUGAUGCUCCCAGAUGUGGAUUCAGUUCCAAAGUUGUGAAUGCCCUACGGGAAGUGGGCGUAAAUUUCGGGUUCUUUGAUAUAUUAACCGAUGAUGAAGUGAGGCAGGGGCUGAAGGUCCUCUCCAACUGGCCAACUUUUCCUCAGCUUUACCAUGAAGGCGAACUAAUAGGAGGUUGUGACAUUGUAAUGGAGCUGCAAAACAACGGAGAGCUGAAAUCUACUCUAUCUGAGUAGGUUCGGUUCAGUUUUAGCAAAAAAUGCAGGACAUCAAUUUUUAAACCAACUUUCUUCUGUCAGAAUCGUGUCAUCGGCAUAAUACGUGUUGUAAAAGUUUGACUUUUGUAUAAUUCUUAAAAAUUUCCCGAUACUCCUUAUAUGGGUUUUGGGCAUUAUUUUUGACA